CCUUAAGUCUGCCACAAAUAUGGUAGUAGAAGAAGACGGUUCAACAACUGUGCCCGGCUUCACCUGUAAAAACGACUGCAUUUCACGAAAGUUUCCUGCCAUUUUUCUGAUUUUCAGUGCAGACUUUUUUUGUUUACUUAUGUGACGUUUUUUCCUACUGGACCCGAUGGAAUAACAGCAUAUAACGGCUUAAAGCAAUCUGGGUAUUGGUGCGACUUCCUGUUCCGGGAGUCUCUGAAUGCAAAAGUUGUUUGGUAAACUCAACUAGAUAUUAUUUCGGUGUAAUUAAUCGACCACACAAUGAAGCAAAACGAAUAUCUGAAGAUGGUCUUCGGUGUUUUUAAAGAUUGUGUUCCUGCGAUAAGUAUAACGAGUGGGGGCGUGGUCGUUGUUCUGCUGUCGUGUGUUUUGUUCGCCAUCCAAACAUCGUUCAGCCUCUCGGAUGGUAUCUUCAGCCUAGGCGCAGAUUCUCUCCAAAACGGACACGUCCACGUCCUCGUGGUGUUUCCGUUCUACCACCGGACAGCGGCGCAGCUUUUCCUAAACGCCGCGGCGCUGCUGUUCCUGUGCUGCGGCGCUGAGAAAGGUGUCGGGACGAUCCGCUUCCUGCUCCUCUUCCUCCUGCUGUCCACCACCACAGGACUGCUUUACAGCUUCUUGGAUCUCCUGCAGGAUGCCAACAUGCGGAGUCCCGCUGAUGGUUUGAUCCCCGUGACCCUGAGCUGCGUGGCUGUGGCAGCCGCGCGCUCCAUGAUGCCCAGAAGCUUCCUGUGUGGCCUCAGCUUCCCAACAAUGGCUCUCCCCUUUGCGCUUCUCGUGGUCUGCACCGCUCUCAUCCCUCGCAGUGUGCUGCCUUGCAACGUCAUCGCGGUCCUGGUCGGGUUGGCCUUUGGUUCCGGCUGGUUUUCCCUCCUGGACAUGUCUGAGACCAGAGCUACAGUCCUGGAGAAGGUCAUUCCUUUCAGGUUUCUGAAAACCAUCAGGGGAGUCACCUUUGUGCCUGCGUCUGUGGAGGAGAGGAGGAAGACGCUGCUCCCACAAAUCAAUCCCAGUCCCGGGUCCUACCCGGUCCAGAGUUAUGCUCCACUGUCCAGCAUCCAUAGCGCUCAUGCAACAGCCACCAUGUAUGAAGGCUGGCAGAACUUUCCCCCCGUCGGUGGGUCCGUACCUGUGGCAGCACCCGGUGGACACAAUCACGGACACAGCCAUGGUCAUUUUGGUCAAAGCUGCAGCCACAGUCAUGGUCUACAUCAGUAACUGUUGAGAUCUGCUCUAUUUAAUGAAGAAUAUGCAGCCAGAAGCUUUUUUUUUUUUUAAAGUCUGCUGAACAAGAAGUUUUUAUUUUUAUUUUGCUUUUUGCAAUGACUGAUUUUGUACUGCAAUGUUUUUACUGUUUUCUAUGUGACCUCAAACUCUUGGACCGUCACCAGUAAACCCUGAAGUACCUGCUGUAACAGUGAAGAUGUUUCUCUGAAUGUAAACUAACGCCUGUUUUUGUAUCAAACUAUUUUUUAACCUGUUUUAAGACCAAAAAAAACCUGCAGAUCUUAAGCAUUUGCUUUAGAAAUGCGACUUUGAGUAUAUUGUGUGACAGAUGACAGAUUUCCACCCAGCAGUUAAUUUUUAAUUCACACUUGGAUCACAGACUGAAAUAACUACAUGACAAGCGGAGACAGAGAAGCGGCGCCUCCUGCUGCAAGGACAGAACAAAAGCCUCAUCCGUUCCAAUCUGCUCUCAUUCGUCCCAGGCGUCUCCAUAGAUGUUCUUUUUCCCUGAAAGUGGAAACAGAAGAAGUCGAUCCAGUCUUUUCACAGAUGAAGAGUCACCCCAUGACGCUGCUGCUUACCUUGCUUCUUUGGUCGCUCUGGUUCCUUCUCCUGGGGCGUUUUGAUCAUGGUGUCCGCCUUCUGAAUGAGCGUGACCUCGUAGUUCUCCCUGUUCUUGAGCCUCAGGUCCUCAUAGAGGACAGGCUUCCUGCGUGGCUCCUCCUCGUCCAGGUACGACUGAGCUGGGAGUGACGAGAAAAAGCAUCUGAGGACGCUUGCCAGACUGCUGCAACAAGAUUUCAGACAAACUGUGCGGCAGAACCGUAUUCGGACUCUGAAUCAUACUUCAUUUUGUCUAGGAAGCUGCUUUUUCUACCAAAUAAACACAAUUAAAAGUA